AUGGGAUUUUGGGACAUCCCAAACUUGAAACUCUAUGGAAUCCUUACCGCGCUUUUCAUCCCCUUUCUUCUCGUCAAAAUUUGGACAGAUUUGAAAAGUAAAUUUGGAAUUUUGAUCUUUUUGAAAUUCAAUGAUCGCUCGAAAAUUGGCGAGGCUCUGGUCGAGAUGCGAAAGUGUUUUCAAAAAGGCUCUUGCGUCAUUUUUCGAGAAUACAAGCAGAUAAAAAUUGAAAAAUACGAGUUUCUCAGAGACGUUUCGAAGUACAAGAGUUUUUCGCAUAUCCUCUGGCUUCAUUGCGAGUCUGAGUCGCAUUUGGACUACAUUCUCCCUAAAAUUGAGCAGCGGCUGAACAAUGAUCCUGUCGUUGCGAAAUCAAAAACGAUGAAGCUGAAAGAUAUUGGACUGGCGCACCUUUUCGACACGAUUACUCUCGGAGUUUUCAAUAAGAAAAAGACCUCAGAAAGAUUCCUGCGCUUUUACAGUCCUCAUGUUCGAUACGGAGACUGGAGCAAUCGAGACUGGUUCAACGUCCUUAGGUAA